GGCAAUUUACUUCAUCUGAACGUCAAAACCCCAACAUCAAUUUCGGCCUUUACCAUCAAAAAUUCGCAAUAACAUGAACCAGCGCCCAUUUAUCUCUACCCAACUGAACAUCUUCGACGAAAACCGAUGCGUUUUUUCUCCUAGUAUGAUAGCAGGACAGCCAGUUAUGAUAUCGCAAGAGCAGAACAGAAAGAUCUGCGACAGUUUGACAACCGCCAUAGCAUCGAAUCAACCACGAAACACUUCUUGCUUCUGCGCAUGUUCUCCUCCAGUGUACCCGAAUCAGCAACAGAUUUGGUCAUGCCCACUGCAGGCACAAAAGCAAGGGAUACCUGGUGGCGUGGCUUUCAAUUUUUCUCAGCCGAAUUAUUGCUGUCCACCAUCUUGUCUUCCUUCAGUUUACACCCCUCCACCACCACCAUGUCCUCAGGUCGUAGAUUGUCCUCACAAGACUCCUCAGUCAAUUUGUGUCGAUUUCGGAAAAUUUGGGAUGGAAGCUAUGGCAUUCCAACAGAAAUGUAGGCAACAAUGUCAAGGAUUCACUUAUGACAAACAAGUGGGGACCAGUGACCAGGUUAUCUUUCCAAAAUGCAAUACUUGCUGCUGCGGCGUACAGUCCGUGACUUUAAAUGCUGAACAAAAAGAAGAAUUAUUCAAUAAAAUCGACCAAAGCGACUCAAAAUCCAAACUUAAAAUUUGCGCAUGCGAUCCUGUGGAGAAAAAACGAUGUUGCUGUUUUCCAAAGCCAGAUCCGAACAAAUUUGGAAGUGCCAAGAAUCUCGUGAUAGGUGAGCGAAAGGAGAGGUCCUGUAAAGAUUACGAUAUAGUCGAGCAAGCCACAAGAGAGGCAGAUGCUGAGGCUUACCUAUGUUGCAAUUGCUUGGAUAAAUGGAAGAAAGAGAAUGAAAACAGGAGACCUUCAUGUUUGAAGAAAAGAUGUGAGUGCUCUGACGAGAAGCAGAAAGAGAAUAAAGAUGUUUCAUUUUGUUUCCGAGGAAGUACUCUGGAAAUAACCGAAGAGAAGAAAGCCAUCAGACCAAAAACGGAAGAACAACCCAUCGUCCAGUCCAAAAUCGAAUUUAAACAACCAUCGUGUUUAUCCGAUGAGGACAAAUCCGAGAUAGUGAAACAGAUCAAUGAGAUGAAAAGAAAAAGAAAAGGUAUAGUGAAAAUGGCACAAGAUUUCAGAAUAACCGCAAAAGAUUAUCUAGAACAGUUAGACAAGGAUAUAGACCAUUACAGAGAACUAUAUAAAACUACCAAAAACGAAAAGAAGGAAAACUUCAUACAGAGAUAUCGAUGUGAGCAUUUAUUUGACAAUUCUGAAUUAGAAACAGUAGAAGAAAGAGAAGAGGAAAAAUCGAGAAAGUGGAUACGAAAUAUUAGAUCUGCAGCGAAAACCAAAAAGGAGGACAACGAAAUACAUCAGCAGAAAGAAAAUAUUCCUCCACAACUAUUACGUGAAACUGGCGAGGAAAAAGUUAUCAAGAUAAUUCCUGCAGACAACGAAGAAAAUGAAACGGCAGCUCCAAAAUCUGUUGAAGAAAAUUCACCACUAACAACUGAGCCUAAUAUUGAAUCUUCUGAUCCUGAGAACCCAGAAUCCAAGUUUUAUGAUGAGAGGAUCGAAUCAAACCAUGAUUCCAAUAAAGAAGAGCAGCCCUCUUUGGAUGCGAGCUCAAAGAAUGUUGAAAACAAUUCGAAUUCAGAAAAAAGAGAGAGUAAUUCAGAAGAUUCGAAUGUCAGUCAGAUGAGACAAAUAGAAAAUGAAAAAUCAGAAGAGAUUGCUCCUCCCAAAAUCGAUAAUAUGAAUAAUCUUGAGUCAGAUGAAGUGGCAACUCCUUCCAUAUUCUCUGAGAAGUCUAAUUUGGAGCCUGGAACAAGUCAAGGUGGAAAAGCUGAUAUUCCUUCAGACGUUACUGAUGAUGAUAAUAUCCAGAAUCCCUCUGAAAAAACCAGUUCUGAUCAGAUACAAACAGAAGAGAAAAUUACAUCGAUAGAAGUAACUUCUCCAGAUUCAGAGCAAGCGGUGGUUGUUGAAUCUUCUAAAAUGAAUAACGCGAGCCAAAACUCGACUGAUAGAAACUCCCCCAAAGGUGAAACCAUCACUGAAGGAUCCAACAUAUAUGAAGAGAAAAACCUGGAAGCUAAAGAAGAGCUGUUUGAAGCUACUUCAAAGUCUGAAAAUCCUGAAACGAUUAUAAUCAACGAUGGAAAAUCUGGAACCAAUAAGUCUUCAGAAGAUGCAAAUAACGUAACCGAAAAACAAUCUGGGAGAAAAACAAAAGUUUGUGGUGGAAGUUGCUCGAAAUACAGAGAAAAUAAAAAUAUUGAUGAAGGCCAUGAAGGGAAUAUUGUUGAAAGUAAACUGGAUAAUAAAGAAGAAAACGAUGAAUUUUCUAACCGAAAUAAAUCAAAGGUUAAGCAAAACUAUAACGAAAUAAGUGAAAACAAAGAUGCUUCAACUUCGAAAAUGAACGAAACAAAACAGCCUGUUGACCAUGUUUCAUUUUCAGCUCAACAAUCUGGGUCUGACGAAAUCAUUGUGAUUAACAAGGAAGAGAAAUCAACUUCAGAUCCCCAAAAGUCGGAUGAUGGAAAGAGAGGAAAUUAUUGUAGCGAAAACAGUGCUUGCAGAAAAAUCAUUCAGUAUAUGUACGAUCAAGAUGAUGAUGAACCUAACAGAAACAGAUGUGACAUCAGAGAAAUCUACGAAUUUUGCAACUGUUGCAAGUGUUAUGAAGACGAUGGUAUAUGUUACAAAGAAAGCAAGAAUUUAGUUUUCAAACCCUGCAGUAGAGAAAGAAGCACCACGAAUUCGGUUGGAAAUGUUCUGUCGAAUAUUUAUUCUAGUGCCCUUGAGAAAGCUGGAAAUCUCCUCAGUUUCAUAACCAGUUUUAGAUCGCCAUGUUCAUCUGGUCAGCCUUUCUACGAAAACCCACAUAUCUUGACCAACAGACAGGGCUGCGGUGCUGGUUGCUAUGCCAGACGUAUAAGAAGACAUAUUGCCAGUUUGAACGUGCCAAGAAAUGUCUGUCCUUGCAGGAUGGAUACUAAUAGAUUCUGUGGGAAGACGUGUUAUGAUUACGAUAACAAUAGGUGGUACUCCUGUUGCGAAGGCUUCAAUGAUGGGCAGAAAGUUGUUAAGAUAACCUUCAAGGAAACUGCUGAAAGAAGAACUGUUCGUUUGGAGAACAACUGUAGAAAUAGUAGAUACCAUGUGGUAUACGAAUGAUAAUAUAUUUUUGAUGUUCGUUUUA